CCGCCGCAACCCGGCAGUCAUCGAGCGACCGCCGCGGGAGACGCCGUUUUAGAGCGCGUCGAAACAUUUAUGAAUUUAAGUGACAUGCGCGCUUGUAAACCUUAACCCCUGUUAAAUAACAAACACGAAAAUUGGAUUUCAGUGCACGACUGUGAGUGUGUGGUGGUAUUUUACUAUAAAGUUCCUAGAACCGAUCUCAUUCUCGAGCUUGUGGUGUGUUUAUGUUAGCGCGGCGCCCGCUCCGUCCGUCGGUCUGGAGGGACGUCGCCCCCGAGGAGUCCCUAUAGAGAUGAAGCGGCGGUGCGUGCGAUCUCGGGCGAGGUGAGAGGUGGUCAAGUCGCGAUGGACCACGCGGUGAAGGCGAUGUCGGCGCGCGGGCCACUGGCUCGGCUGCUGGCGCGGCGCCGCUUCGAGUCCGCCGAGCUGGAGGAGCUGUACGCGCGAUACGCGUGCAAGCUGCAGCGGUCCUCGGUGGGCUCGGCGCUGGCGCUGUGGGCGGCGCUGGCGGCGGCGCUCGCGGCCGUCGACGCCACGCGGGGCUGGCGGAGAGCGCCACAGGUUGGCGUCCUAAGCGCUCACGCGGUGUUAUGCGGCGGACUGGCGUGGUGGUGCGGGCGCGCGGGCGGCGAGGCCCCGGAGCGGCGGCUGCCCCGCGCGUGCUGGCUGGCGCUGGCGGGCGGGGGCACGGCGCUGGCUGCCACCCUGCCGGCCUGGAGCCCCGGGGCGGCGGCCGAGGGCGCCGUGCACGUGGUGUGGGCGGUGUUCGCGGCGUACGCGCUGCUGCCGGUCGGCGCGCCGGUGGCGGCGGCGUUCGGUCUGCUCCUGCCGGUCGCUCACACCGUCGCCGCUGCUCUGGUCGCGCCGCGCUUCCCAUACCAUGUGUGGCAGCAAAUGGUAGCCAACGUGGUGGUAUUCGUGUGCGUGAACAUCGUGGGCGCGCUGAUGCACUCGCUCAUGGAGACAGCCCAGCGCCGUGCCUUUCUCGACACCAGGAACUGUAUCGCUGCCAGAUUGGAUAUGGAGGAUGAGAAUGAGAAAUUGGAAAGGUUACUGCUAUCAGUGCUGCCCCAACACGUCGCUAUGGAAAUGAAGAACGACAUUAUAUCACCUGUCGAGGGCCAAUUCCACAAGAUCUACAUACAGAAACACGAACAAGUUAGCAUCCUGUUCGCGGACAUCGUGGGCUUCACGGUGCUGGCGUCGCAGUGCAGCGCGCAGGAGCUGGUGCGGCUGCUCAACGAGUUGUUCGGCCGGUUCGACCAGCUCGCUAAUGACAACCACUGCCUCCGCAUCAAGAUCCUGGGCGACUGCUACUACUGCGUCUCCGGUCUGCCGGAGCCGCGCUCCGACCACGCGCGGUGCACCGUCGAGAUGGGCCUCGACAUGAUCGACGCCAUAGCGUCUGUGGUGGAGGCGACGGACGUGCAGCUGAACAUGCGCGUGGGCAUCCACACGGGGCGCGUGCUGUGCGGGGUGCUGGGCCUCCGCAAGUGGCAGUACGACGUCUGGUCCAACGACGUCACCCUCGCCAACAACAUGGAGGCGGGAGGAGAGCCGGGACGUGUCCACAUUACUCAAGCGACGCUGGAGUGUCUGGGAGGCGCAUACGAGGUGGAGUCGGGGCACGGAGCCAGCCGCAACGCGUACCUGCGCGACCACUCCAUACAGACAUAUUUCAUCAUACCGCCGCCCAGACGGAGAAAAAUGUGCCUGCCUUCUGGCGUGGGUCUGGGCUCGGCGUCGCGUCGCAAGCUCUCCUUCAAGAACGUCUCCAACGUCGUCGUCCAGCUUCUGCACUCCAUCAAGUUCAACGUUGACGUACCCUUUUCCAACAUGGCCGCCUCGCCACAGGAACUCAAAGCGAAUGCCGCCAGAAAGGUGCUGGACCUGCGGCGCGCGCUGCACGCGGAGCCGGGCUCGGCCGAGGCGCUGCGGCUCGCUGCGCUGCGCGGCGAGGACGUGAGCGCUGCGCUGCGCGACCCCGCGCACCCCGCACACCCCGCCUCCGCCCCGCACCACCACACCUUCGACGCCGUCAUGCAACACCACGCGCUGCGCACCCACACGAAUAAGGUGACGGAAAAGAGCAAGCGGCCGUUGAAAAAGCGUCACUCUUCUGUUUACCACCAGCCGACUAACCGCGUGAACAAGUACCUGGCGCAGGCCAUUGACGCCCGCUCCGUGCACCGGGAGAAGGCCACGCAUGUCCAUCUCCUGACGCUAUGCUUCAAAGAUGCUGAGAAGGAGGCACAGUACCGAGCAUCAACUGACGGUGGAUGGGCUGGCUCGCUGAGCGCUGCCCUCUGCGCGCUAACAGCGUCGGGGGCGCUGCAAGCGGCUAUAUUGCCGAGAACCACUAUUCUCUUACUUCUCUUCGUGACGGCCUUCGCGUGGUCUGCAGCGGUGUUAGCGCUGACUUUAGCAGCUAGACUGCGGCUGAUACCGUGCGACGUGUCCCGCCCGUUCGCGCUGAGGAACGCCAUUACAACUUUCACUAUCGUACUCGGUUACGCCGUUGGACAAGUUAAUGUGAUAACAUGUCGAGAGAUCGACGUGUGUCGGAAUUUAACAGAGAAUGUAACAACGCUAGCCGCUAUACGGUCUCGAACUGAACUGUCAGCCUUAUGGGGGGCUGCAGACCAUAGGGCCUGUCCUGUCCCCCUCUACAUACCUCUCGGCUGCUGCCUGGCGAUGCUGGCAGUGGCAGUGUUCCUGCGACUGCCGAUACUAGUGAAGGGAGUGCUGCUAGCUGCGAUGACAGCGGGCUACGUAGCCGUCAUCCUCGCUUACCACAAGGAGCUGUUUGACUGCUACGAUUUAAUGUCUGAGCCGGGUGCGAUAGGGUCAGCGUACGUGGCGUGCGCGUGGACGGCGGCUUUGGGGCUGGCGGUGCUGCUGCACGCGCGCCAGACGGAGUGGACCGCCAGACUCGACUUCCUCUGGCAGCUGCAGGCCGGAGAGGAGAAGAGGGACAUGGACGCGCUGCAGGCGUCCAACCGUCGUAUCCUAUUCAACCUACUGCCGGCGCACGUGGCGACGCACUUCCUCGACAAUCAGUUCCGGACCAACAUGGAGCUGUACCACCAGUCGUACGGGCGCGCGGGCGUGGUGUUCGCGUCCAUCACCAACUACCACGAGUUCUACAUGGAGCUGGACGGCAACAACCAGGGCAUGGAGUGUCUGCGGCUGCUCAACGAGAUCAUAGCUGACUUUGAUGAGCUACUCGGCGAGGAGCGUUUCAGCGCGAUCGACAAGAUCAAGACCGUCGGAUCGACGUACAUGGCGGCCGUCGGGCUCAUACCCGACAAAAAGAUGUCCGACGACGCCAGCACGCGGCGUCACAUGGCCACGCUCGUCGAGUUCGUUUUCGCCAUGCGGGACAAACUCAAGGACAUCAACGACAACUCAUACAACAACUUCAUGCUCAGAGUUGGUAUAAACGUGGGUCCCGUGGUGGCGGGCGUGAUCGGCGCGCGCAAGCCGCAGUACGACAUCUGGGGCAACACCGUCAACGUCGCCUCGCGCAUGGACUCCACCGGCCUGCCCAACCACACCCAGGUCACCGAGGAGGUCUACCAGGUGCUCAAGGACAUGUCCUACACCUUCGUUUGCCGCGGCAAGGUCAAGGUCAAGGGGAAGGGUGAGAUGACGACGUACUUCCUCACCGACCGCGCGCCCUCCGCCGGCGACCCGCCGGGUGGCCUCGACGGCCCGUCCAACCCGCCCUCCGCGUACGGCGGGGUCGCCACGCCGCUCGCCAUGCUGCAGAACUCGGCGCGACGGGCGGCGCAGACCUCCCGCCUGCCCCCUCUGCGGGAGGCGUCCGUCGCUGGCGAGAACGAGCCCCUCCUCCCCAACGGCCACCAGAACGGCAACCACAGGGGCGGCCGGGGCCGACGGGGGGUGGACGACGACACCCCCCCGCCGCCCCCGCCGCACGGCAUCGGGCCGAGCCCGCGCUGGCCGCCGCCGCGCGCGCUCGUGCCGCCCUGGCCUCGCCCGCAGGAGCCCCGCCCGCCGGUCGCGCAGAAGCGCCGCCCCCCCGCGCGCCUGCCACGUCCGCGCUCCAGCGAGAGCCUGCCGCUAGCGCGCAGCCCGCGCGUGCACUCGUCCGCCGACGAGCUCAGCUCUCUCACGCGGUCGCCGUCACUCAGCUCGUCGGACGAGAGCUACUCGCGCACGACCGACGCCUCCCCGUCGCCGCCGCGCCCCGCGCCCCGCCCGCCGCCCGCCCGCCGGGGGAACUCGUACGACUACCCGCCCAUCCGAGGGGCGAAGCCCACCCCGGACAUGAUCGACGAACUGUACGCGAAGCGCGAGGCGAGGAAGGCGGCGCUCGAGGACGAGCUGCUCGACGGCGACUUCCCGAAGGAGGACGAGAAGCUGCAGCGGAGCAUCAUCGGCGUGCUGCAGGCGGCCGUGAAGCGGGACGGGUGCAGCCAGACGGACCGGCGCGGCGGGCGGCGGGCGGGCUCGUUCUCCAGCUCGGGUGGGCGGCCGGCCGACCUCAAGCUGCUGGGCCGCGACGGGCGCGAGGCGUUCUCCCGCCGCAGCCCCGCCGACGUCGCCUGCGUGCCGCCCUUCGAGAGGGAGAUCCAGCGGCUGCUCGACGACCAGAACCUCAUCGUGAUGAAUUCACCCAAAACUGAGAGAAAGGACUUAAAAUUGGAACUCAGAGCUCAAAACUCGCUGCUGGAGGCGAGCCGCAACAGCAACAACAACUCCAGCCCGCUGCACGCGGUGGGGCUGGCCGCCAUCGCGCAGCUCGCCCGCCAGGAGAUCAGUCCCGCGCGACCCGCCGACCCACGUGACACCCGCGACCCACGUGACCCGCGUGACACUCGAGACCCACGUGACCCGCCCGCGGACUUCCCCGGCGUGCUGCCGACGGAUGUCGUAGUGGAGCUGCCGUCGCCGACGCACACCUCCGAAAAGGAUUCGAGUAGACAGAAUCAGAGGAAAACGGAGGCAUCACUUACCAAAGAGAAGAUCGAAAAGGAUAUCCACGAGAGGCUUCAAAACCGGGUGACAAACCACCGGGAGGCUUACGGGGAGAGCCAAUCGGAGUGGAGUUCGUCCUGCUCGGAGGGCGAAGGCGAGGGCUGCCAACCGGAGAGCACAGGGUACACAACGGACGACCCGGCUUUAGAGAACGUGUCUAUGUUGAACGAGGCGGGGCUAACGGACGCGGAGGCAGCCCUGAGCGACGUCAACUCGUGCUACUUCGAUCGGGACGAUUUGUCGUCGCGCGCGUCGUCGCGACUUUUGGACUCCGAAGCAUUGGUGUCGCUGGAGUCGCUUAGCGCGAUAUACGACUCGGACGAGCCUGCGCAUAGGUACCUGGCGAAUAUCCGUACCGUGAGCGAGUCCAUCACCCGCAACUUCGGCCAGCCGGCGCACGUCACCGACGCCGAGAGCGACGUCUAGACUCUCUAAUACUCCAAACCCUGUACAUUCAUUUGUGGUGCUGCUAUGUAAUCGGUCGGGUGCAGUCGACGCUUGUAACCCUGAUGAUGUAUUGGUUAGUAACAUUUCGGCGCGGAUCGCUGUUGGUUAACGGCAGGUUAUGUUAUAUGUAUUUUGCGACGGCAAUUUGACAGCGAAUAUUGAACAAUAUCUGCUGUCAAAUAGAACAGCAGAUACAUAUUACUAAAUGUUCGCCUAUUUUAUUGUGGCAUUAGGGUCAAUUCAGACCGCAACCCGACGCUUAGAUAUGCAU